AUGAUUCCUGAGGAUCAUCAAGAAAAUGGUCCACCAUCGCGCCAGGCUGGCCGCACCAGCUUAAACAACGUAUUGGAGGUCGAACCAACUCCCCAUCCCAACAUCCCAGUGGCACCAUCACACUGUCGUCCUCCAGUGCUGAGUGUGUCGAGCUAUCAGGGCCCAAUAUUCUCGUUCCCAAUAGCGGGUUCCUCAGCUCCUCCUUUACCACUCGCGUCGAAUACGCAACAUACCAUAAAUCAUACGAUACUUCAAGAUCGGAGACACGCGAUACCUGUUCAUGCUACUAGUGUUCCGGAGUGGUCUACUGUAACAAACAACUGUGGUGUUUCUUAUUUGGUACCAGUGGAUUCCGGUACCAGUUCUGGUGGACCAGCAGCGUAUCUUCCUCCCAUGGCGGGCAACAGUUUCAACAACGUUCCUGUUCCAGAGAUUAACUCCAGAGUUGAACCUCAAUACAGUUCAUCACAAAUUCCUGCAUCUAUCGGUCCGGUACCAGUGGAUUUCGGAAUGAGUUCUGGUGGACGAGCAGUGUACCUUCCUCCCAUGGCAGGCAACAGUUUCAACAACGUUCCUGUUCCAGAGAUUAAUUCCAGAGUGGCACCUCAAUACAGUUCAUCACAAAUUCCUGCAUCGUUCGGUUCGGUACCAGUCUAUCAUUAUCCUGUGGAAAAUCAGGCAGCCAACCAACCAACCGCUCAGCAACUUGCAGCACGGCACGUCGUUCCUAAAGAUCUUCCAUACUUCUCGGGAAACCCUUCGGAAUGGCCGCUAUUCUGGAGCAGUUACGAAACGUCAACACGAAUCUGUGGGUACAGUGGAGCGGAGAACCUUAUGCGCCUUCAGCGCUGCCUAAAAGGAUUGGAUAAUACCAAAAUGAAGAAUACGCUAAAGAUGCGUGAGGGUAAGGCCAAUGAGCCAGUCGCCGCUAAAACAAGGCUCGGAUGGGUUUUAUACGGGCAGGCAGGAGUUACGAAUCAAGGGUCAACUCAUCGGAUUCUCCAUGUAUGCACAAGUCACCACGACGAUGAUCUCCACGAGCUGGUUAAGCAGUUCUUUUUGAUAGAAAGUGUAGGAGUUUCAGCAUCCAAUCCUAUGGAGUCAGCAGAUGAUCGACGAGCACGAGAAAUACUUGAAGCCACAACGGUUCGCACGUCUUCCGGGAGGUUUCAAACAGGAUUAUUGUGGAAGUAUGACGACAUUAAUCUUCCAAACAGUAGGCCGAUGGCAGAACGGAGGCUCAAUUGCCUAGAGCGCCGUCUGUUGAAAUCACCAGAGCUAUACGACAAGCUGAGACAACAGAUAGCGGAAUAUCUAGGAAAGGGCUAUGCUCACCUAGCAACCGAGCAGGAAUUAGCAGAAUCGGACCCAAAACGCACGUGGUAUUUACCGUUGGGAGUAGUCGUGAAUCCGAAGAAACCUAAUAAGUUACGUGUGGUAUGGGAUGCAGCAGCCGUUGUAAAAGGAAUUUCGCUCAACUCAGUUUUACUGAAAGGACCGGACUUAUUGACACCGCUUCUAGCUGUACUUAGUCGUUAUCGGCAAAAGCAAAUAGCAGUCAAUGCUGAUGUUAUGGAAAUGUUCCAUCAAAUGUUGAUCAGACCUGAGGACCGGCAAGUGCUGAGAUUUCUUUUCCGGAAUAACCCCGGAGAUCCAAUCCAAGUAUUCGUGAUGGACGUAGCUAUAUUUGGAACAUCCUGUUCUCCCUGUUCCGCGCAGUUCGUAAAGAACAUCAACGCCGAGGAGUAUUUGGCAGAGUUUCCGAGGGCAGCGAAGGCGAUACAAGAAAACCACUACGUCGACGACUAUUUAGACAGCGUUGACACUGUAGGCGAAGCGAUUCAGCUGGCAUUAGACGUGAAAGUGGUACAUGAACGAGCAGGGUUCGUAAUACGCCAUUGGAUGUCAAACUCUCCUGAGGUUUUGAGAACAAUCGGCGAACAAAAUACUCAAUCGGUGAAGCAAUUUGUCAUGGAUAAGGGCAGCAACCAGGAGCGCAUUUUGGGAAUGGUUUGGUCUACCUCAGGAGGACAUGUUCUCAUACACAACGAUUUUCCGGAGUGCAAGGUCAUCCUACAAGAGAUAUGGAGGAAAUCCGUUGGCUGGGAUGAUAAUAUUCCAGCUGAACUGCCACGAUGGCAUCAAUGGUUGGGUGUACUACGGACACUGGAUCAAGUGAAAAUUCCUCGAUGUUACUUUCCGGGAUACGUUGAGAAAGCGUACGAAUCACUUGAACUCCACAUCUUCGUGGACGCUAGUGAAAGCGCUUACGCGACCGCUGCAUACUUCAGAGUCGUCGACAACGGGGAGGUUCGUUGUUGCUUAGUUCGUGCAAAAACCAAAGUGGCUCCGGUGAAACUUCUUUCUAUACCUCGGUUAGAGCUACAGGCAGCUACGAUCGGGACACGUUUGAUGAAGGCUAUAAUCGCUGACCACACGGUUCAAAUCAAACGUACGAUUCUGUGGAGUGACUCAAAAACUGUGCUCGCUUGGCUACGUUCUGAUCAGAGGAGGUACCGCCAGUUCGUGGCGUUCCGAGUUACGGAGAUCUUGGAGGAGACAGCAGUGACAGAUUGGAGAUGGGUGCCUUCGAAAUGGAAUGUGGCAGACGAGGCUACCAAAUGGGGCAAUGACCGUAACUUCUACGAGAGCUGCAGGUGGUUCAACGGCCCUGAAUUCCUAUAUGAAGAUGAGGAUAAAUGGCCGAAGGAAGACAUUACGACGGACGACCCUACAACAGAGGAGUUGAGAAUCAUCCACGUCCAUCGGCAGCUGGUGAAAGAACCUGUCGUGGAUUUCAAACGAUUUUCGAAAUGGGAGAGGCUUGUCAGAACAGCCGCGUAUGUCCGCCGCUUCUACAACAAUUGUCAACGCAAAAGAGGUGGUUCUGUGUUAGACUUGGGAACCAUCAACUGCGAGGAACUGAAACAAGCGGAGAAUACAGUGUGGAAGUUAGUUCAAGAGGAGGCCUUUCCAGAUGAGAUUACGCUACUUCGAAGGAAUCAGCACAAUCCACCCAACCAGAGGAAAACCGUUGAAAAGAACAGCCGUAUCUACAGAUUGUCACCAUUCCUAGGAACGGAGGAGAUACUACGGAAAGAUAGUCGUAUUGAUCAUUAUGUAACACAUCUUCUGGUUGAUUGGUAUCACCGUAAGUUCGGUCAUGCCAACGGAGAAACCAUUGUCAACGAAAUUCGUCAGAUAUAUCACGUUCCGGAGCUUAGAGUCGUCGUACAGAAGACCGCUAAACGAUGUACCUGGUGUUCGGUAUACAGAGCAGUGCCACAAAUUCCAAAAAUGGGUCAACUUCCAGUAGCUCGGCUCACACCCUACGUACGAGCGUUUACGUUUGUAGGACUGGAUUAUUUUGGACCAUUGACUGUCCGCGUUGGUCGAGCAAGUGUCAAGCGGUGGAUAGCACUCUUCACAUGCAUGACAACCAGGGCGGUACAUUUGGAGGUUGCAGCUUCACUAUCAGCGGAAUCCUGCAGAAAUGCGAUUCGCAGAUUCGUAGCACGGAGAGGAGCUCCUCAGGAAAUAUAUUCCGAUCGGGGAACGAAUUUCCAAGCAGUAGCCAACGACCUAUCCCAGCAGAUCCGGGCGAUCAACGAAACGCUUGCUACGAAGAUUACCAACCAUAGAACGCAGUGGAAGUUCAACCCUCCGUAUGCGCCUCACAUGGGAGGCGUAUGGGAACGGCUCGUACGCUCCAUAAAAAGUGCUCUUCGAUGUCUACUGACGGACAGAAAUCCAGACGACGAAACAUUGGUCACUGUACUGGUGGAAGCGGAAUCGAUGGUGAAUUCACGCCCAUUGACCUACCUGCCCCUUGAAAGCGAGGAACACGAAGCUUUGACGCCCAAUCAUUUUCUGCUUCUCAGCUCUACAGGAGUAGUUCAACCAGCUGUCAAACCGGUAGAUGAACGUGGAGCACUCCGCUCCAAUUGGAAAGCUAUUCAGGAUAUGCUAGUUCGUUUCUGGGCACGAUGGAUCAAAGAAUAUCUUCCGGUGAUGUCUCCUCAAUCCAAGUGGUUCGGGGAAGUACGAGCUGUCCAGGUCGGUGAUCUGGUAAUGAUAGCUAGCGAGAAGGAGAGAAAUAGCUGGACGCGAGGGCGAAUACUGCGAGUCUAUCCAGGCAGAGAUGGACGAAUCAGACGAGUUGACGUGCAAACGGCGGUGGGAAUACAACAACGGCCAGUGUCUAAGUUAGCUGUACUGAACUUCACUGAAGAUUCUGGUAUAGCUGGAAGAAAUGGCAGUAAUACGGGCGGGGGUGUACGCGACGGAGCCCAGUGA